UCAAACGGAACGCGAGAGGUCGCGGGCUCGAGUCCUGCAUCGUUCAUAAAAUUUUGUUUUCAGUUAUAUUUGUGUAAUUAAGCCCAGAAGUGAGGGUUAUAACAUUAAAAACAUAAAAAAAUUGUUUAGACUUGCAAGAGUGACAUCUGACAUCAAUUUCAUAAUAUGCAAAUAUUGGGGUUGAGCAGGCUAUCAACUGUAAAGUAGAUCCUGUAGAUGAAGCCACAACCUGAGAGUUGAACAAAAAAUAAUAUUCGUAUUCACUACUUUUGAAAUUUGAAUUACUUUAAUACUUUUAAAUCAACUCUGUUCGUGUGAUCCAAAACAUCUUUUAGACCUUUUUAGUCAAGAAAAAUGGACCAAUCUAUGAUGCUAGAGUUCCAGGAAGGUUCAAUAACAAAUAUUCAAGAAUGCCAAUCAAAUAGUGCCAAUAAACUUUGUUUACUCAAAUUUUAUUACAUGUUAAAUAAUGCAAUCAAAAAAAAUAAGCAUGAUAUUGGUGGAACUUACACAGAUUCAAAAGCAGAUGUAUGGUUCUAUGUAACAACAUCAGAUUGUCUUGCCCAUAAUGUUCUACUUAACAUAUUUGCUUGUGUACGUGAAGUUGGAUUUGUAACAAUUGGCAUAAGUGAUAGUAACAAAUGGUAUACUGACAAUAAUGAUAAAAAGUUAAAUUAUUAUGUAUUUCUCCCUGACAGUUUAUGUUGGCAAACUUUUAAAGCAACUAAAAGAGAUGAGAGUUUUCACAUUAGAACAUAUGUUUUUGAUAGGGAUUGUCUUCAGAGUUUCGAGAAUAAAACAUUGUGUAUACCAAUCAAAAUAGAUAUUAGUACAUUUAAAUUAGAUCAAAACAUUGUAGAUAGUGUUAAAAAUAAGCAUAAUAUUGAUGCUGUUAUAAAAAAGGAAAAACCAGAUUACACACUAGUGUCUGCAGAUCACAAAAAGUUUUUGACACACAAAAUUAUUCUGUGCAUGAACAGUCCAGUAAUAAGAGACACAAUAAAAAGUACUCACAAGGAAGAAAUGUUUAUUGACAUAGACAAUGAAACUAUGGAUAUAUUGAUGGAGUAUCUGUAUACCGGGACAAUAAAAGAUAUUGAAAAUUGUGACUGCACCAACUUGCUUCAAAUUGCUCACACAUUUCAAAUUAAAGGCAUGUCUGCUUUAAUAGAAUUAUAUAUCAAACAGAACAUUACUAUCAAAAAUGCUUUUGAUAUUGCAAUGACAGCACAUAAAUAUCAGUUACUUGAUGUUCAGAAACAUGUUUGUGAGUUUAUACAACAAAAUCAACAGAUUUUUGAGACCGACACUUGGAAUAAUCUUAAUGAUGUUGGUCUCAUAAAACAAAUAUUGAAAGAUACAAUUAAAAGUAAAAAAAAUAACUGAAAUAAUUCUGAAUAUGCUAUUUAUACCAGUGAAUAUAUAGAUUAACUACUAUAAGUACGAAUAAGUGAGCAAAAUCGAAUACUUGUCAUAAUAAUAUACAGAAUGCAUGUUUUACAUCUUGGCCUUGGGUGAAGGCUCCAGUGAAGCAUGUUUUUGCUACUUUUAAGAUAAUGUUAAGUUUUUAAUCAUAUUUAUAAGUAUUAUUAUUAUAAUUAUGUUUUAUAAAAAUAAAUAUGUGAUUGUUAACUUGUGUA